GUAACGGUGCUAUUCCAAUUUUGCAAUCCUCAACAAUAUUUCAUGUGCGAAAUUUGUGUCUUGAAAAAUGAGUUUGCAGGAUGAAAGCUUUCCCGCCGACGAUCUGUUCGAUAAGCUAAACGCGACAGCGGCUAGCCAGGGCACAAGUCUCAGCUAUCAGCGACAGUAUGCUUUGGAUCUCGAUGACCCCGAUAACUUUGAGCGCCAUCCGUCGCCAUUUUUGAACAGCGACUGCUCGGAGAAGACCUGCGCCAGCGAUCCAGUUGGCCUGGAGCACGAUCAUAACCAGCCCAAGCAUGACAAUGCGGCGAGCAAUAAAGGCCACCACGCCGACACGCACAUACAGCUGGGAAGUGGACGCAGCAGCAAAGCGGUUUCCUAUCAGGAUAUCCAUUCGGCGUAUACGAAACGUCGCUACAAGCAUGUCACCAGCAAAGUGAGCAAAUACAUUGCGGACAUUAACGACCAGGAGAAGCAGCGACGCAACACGGCGGGCACAUUUCAACGGCAUCGUUCCAUGCCAGAAUCGCUGACGCCACGUGGCGGUGCUGAGGAUCAGCAGAAGCUGGAUGAGUCACUGACAAACAGCAGCGGCACGGACCAGCAUUUGCGCGACGAGAGCUACGAGCGGCUCAUCAACGAAAAGGAAAGCCUGCAGUGGCACAACAAGAUGUUGGAGAAGCAGCUCUACGAGAGAAUCGACGCCAACAUUGUCUUAAGGAACAACUUUGAAAUUAUACGCACCGAGUUAACCGAUUGCAAGGACAAGUUGAAGCGCCAAACUGCCUUGGCCGUUUGUGGUGGUGGAAAUGCAUUUGGUAGUGGCCACUCGGUUCGCUCCCAGAUGCAUUGCCACUCCUUGCCCAAUGUGCGCAUGACAAAGGCCACACAAACAGAUCUGCCAAUGAUUACGGCGCACAUAUCCAAUUUGUCCGAUCUAUCCGAUAUGCCCGAUAUAGCGGCCAAUGCAACGCCGCAUCCGAAUGCGAAUCUACAUGAACUAACAUACGACAGCAGCGCGGGCUCCAUUGAAAUACCGCUGCUUAGCGUGCCGCCCGCGAUUCGCCAGCCAAAGCUGACCAAAUCGCUGAAGAAGAGCGGCCUUAUAAAGCCGCUCUCCCUCAACUUUAGCAACGAUAGCGCCGAUGUGGAUGCCCAUGGACACGCAAUAGCUGGGGAGGACGUUAAUGGCAACUUGCAGGCAACUAGCUCCAACCGCGCCACUACUAACAAUUCGGGCAGCAGCCAUCCCAGCAGCAAUGAUUCGGCCAUUGAAAUUGAGGGUCACGAGCUGCGUUCACCGCAACCAAAGUUCGGACAUCAGGCCAUCAAUUUCGCGCCCAUGCUAAAUUGGGGCCAGCGCGAGGGCAUCAUUUACUUUGAGAAAACCAGCAAUCGCGUGAUUGAGCUAGUGCCAUUGAAUACACACGAGCCAGACAAUGGCAAUAUCAAUAAUAACAGCAGCUCAAGCACCAGCCAGUUCAGUAUGCAGCAGUACAGGGCCCAUACACAUAUUGGCCAAAGGAAGAGGUCCCUUGCUGCCCGUAUGCUGCGUCUGUUUGGACCGUGUGCACGCUGUGAUGAUCCCAAUCAGAUGGAUGCCAGCAAUGCCACAUAUACGGUGGGCAUUCCGCUGUUGUCCAACGAUUCCACGCGUUCGCAUAAUUUGCGUUAAUUUGCAUUUUUUUUUUCUCUCAUUAUUUGUAUUGUAUUCAUUUAGUGUUUACGCUGGCGUUUUCAAAAGUUCGCAAUACGUUUCUAUUUUUAACCAUAUCCCAUAAUUGCAUUAUUGUACUUUUAUGUUUUAGUCCAUAUUUGUAAGUAUUUGCGAUGUCUCUCUAAUGUCGAUUUGCUUUUUAUAGUCCUAGUUUAGUGUCAACUUAUUAUAAAGUGUAUCGAUUGUAA